AUGGACGAGGUGACGACAGAAAAUACAGUUGAAGCUCCGAAAUCUCGAAUCGCCAUUCGUUGCGCCCAAGUCUCAAUUCUACUCUCGCCACUGAAACUCCCCCGAAAUCACCGCCUCAAUUCAAAAAACGGCCAACAGGAAAGGGAGUUGAUGUUGAAGGCCGAGGUGGAAGAUCUGAGGAGAGAUUUGCAGAAGGAGAGAGUGAAGAAUAAGAAGCUGAGGCUCUGUUCUUUGAUGGAGUUUUCUGUUCAGAUCAUUCUUUUGCUGUCUUUGUGGACUCUCUGUUUGAUGAUCGCCUUCGAAUUCCUCUGA